AUGCCGCCCAAGAAGCGUUCUCGCAGCAAUCCGGAAGCGGAUGAAGUAGGGGCUUCGCAGGAGGUGGACGCCGUGCACUCGCCCACCAAUAUCACGACCACGACGACCACCACCAGCAGCAGCAGCAACGGCAACGGCAGAAAGAGUAAGACUGACCAUGAGUCUGGAGUGUCUGGUCUGGCUCACGGUGGCAGCGGUGCAGCGACAGGUGGGGCAGCUGCGGAGUCACGGCAAAAGUUGCCGGCCGAUCUGGAGGGCCUCGUGCUGCGUUCCUCUGUGAUCGCGCCCGACGUGGUGGGCAUCCGCUGCGUUGCUGUGCACCCUGGCGAGCGCGAGAUGGUUGUCGUGCGCGAGAACGGCUCGAUGAUAUUGUACAGCAUAGAGAGCUUCCAGAAUGUGCCGCACUUCCAGCAGAUUCGCCACACUGGCGGGCGGGCGAACCGCACCAUCACGCGCGUACGCUACCUACCUUGCGUCCGCUCCACCUUUGCCGCGUCGUACCUCUCCGGUCAGCUGGUGGUGUACUGCGGACAGACGCUUGCGCCGCUGCACGUGCAGCAGCGCACUGGUGGCGCUAUUUGGGACUUCUGCAUCGCCGGCCCACUGCUCUACGCCGCCGUGGCGGAUGGCUCGUGGCAGCAGCUGCGCAUGGACUGCGACGCGGCGGUGCCCACAUUGUCGUUGGAGCGCAUCAUUCCAAAGGUUUCGGGCGCCGACCGCGCACUGAGUGUGUGCUGCUCCCAGAAAUGGGGCAUUGCGGCUGGAACGGACGACGCGGGGAACGUCAUGGCGUGGCGCAUCCCACACGAUGGGGCUGGAGAAGCGGGCAACAGCAGCGGUACACGCGGUGCACGACCAUCGGGUCUUAGCGACCACGAGGCAUUGUGGACGAGCCGUCUACCAAAGGGCAUGGGCAUAUGCAGUGCGAUCAGUGGCGCCGGCUGCAGCAGCAGCGCUAGCAGUGGUGGCAACGGUCCUGUUGUGGCGGUUGGCACGACGAUGGGCGACAUUGUGCUUUUUGAUGCACGACACGGGCACGCGAUCAAGACAUUCACGCACCACAAGGGGCCCAUCAGCACGCUGGUGAGCAGCAGCGGCGAGGACGACGGCGCAGUGCUGUACGCGUCCGGGUGGCACGAGUCCCUCCGCUCAUACCGCUGCGACACCGACGGCGAGUGGUACCCCGCAGAGGUGAAGCGGCGCACACACUACCACGAGGCGAGCGAGCUGCUUGUGCUGCAGCAGCAUCAGUUGAUUCUCUCCGCCGCCCGAGACGGAACCAUCAUGUACGCACCGCUCGCCUCCGUUUUUACAUCACCCACGAUGUACGUGUCCGUCACAACGCAGCAGUUCGCGUUUGCAAAGGCAAAGAACGUCCUGUUGCAUUCACGCCACGGUCGCAUUGAGGGCUUCCGCACUGACGCUGCGCUACGGCACUGGGCGCCAUUGUUCGCCCACAAGGUCCAUGGCAGGUUCCACCUGCAGGGGCUGUGGUGCGACGAGCAGCUGCACUACAUCCUUUUCGCCACCGACGAACGGGCAGCGCUGCUGCGGGUGUGCUGGCGUGACGGUGCCGAAGACGCCCUCGCACUGCACCGUAUCGAGGAGGCGGUCAGUCUCCCUGCUGGGCGCGGCGUGCUGGACUGCUGCUUCGUACCGCACAGCGGGGAGUCAGCAGCGGCAACAGCAACAACAGGCAGCUGCUAUGUGCUGCUCGACAACGCCGUGCUGCACAUCACGUUGGGCGAGGGAUACCCCGUGGUCUCCACAGCGCUCCACACCGACGGUGGCGAGGGCAACAGCGACAUGCGUCCCACGCAGUUGCUGGUCGGUGAGACAGGUGACACACUCGUUGUGUGCGGGCUGCGUGGCCGCCUCACCUGCAGCACCGCGGCGGACGGCACAAUCGACCCCAGCAGCUUCGUGUGGAAGCGCGAGCCGACGCGAAUGGCCGCGGCGGUGCCAACGGUGCACCUGCAGCAGCAUGAAAAAAUGCCCCUGUCUACGAUUGUCGCGCUCACAAACGAUGGACGCUACGUGGCAGGGCUGGAUGCUUCCACUCCGUGCCUGCUCCCGCGCACGCUGCCACACGACACGCGGUUCAUUGCGCGGCUGCCGCCGCUGAGCAGUGGCGAGGACGACGCUGACGGCACCACCGCGACGAAGAGGAGGCGCUCAGCGCUCCGGUUUCUGGCUGUCUUUUCCCGUGGCCUGUUGUACGUGACGGAGAGCACGUGGCACAUGGUCAAUCGUUGCACCGUUGAGGCGGCCUUUGUGCUGCAGGACAACGAGCGGGUGCUACUGCUGCAGCGCAACCUCGAGGGGACGCUGGAGGCCCUCCCGCUCUGCUGGAAGGUGCGGCGCUUCGGCAACUAG